UUGAUUGCGACUAUUGAAUAAACCGAUAUAUAGCACUUAUAUUAAGUUACACCAAUGCAAUCAUCACUGAAUCAAUCAAUCAAUAUGGCUAUGAAUCCUAAUCAACAACAUAUUUCAACUGAAGAUUUAAACCGCUAUAGACAUUUUCUCAGUCAACUUGACUCCCAAGUUAACAAGCUUGGGAAGCAAGUAAAUGAUGUUGAGCAGUUUUACCAAUCCACUGAUGUUCAACAGAAUGAUUGCAAAUACAAAGGCAGGGAGAAGCCUCCUACCGGAUCUAAGAAGGCGUUGAAACGUGCUUCAGAAGAUAUGCAAGCGGAGAUGAGGCACAAUUUUAACAAAAUAUUCAAUGAGAUAGCUAAGGAUAAAUGGGCGUGGCCAUUUUUGGAUCCUGUAGAUGUUGAAGGUCUUGGGCUGUAUGACUAUUAUCAGAUAUUUUCUUGA